GCGGCGGGGUUGUUCCUCGGCGGCGCCGCCGCCUCCUCCAAUCCCCGGUCCCGGGCAGGACCCGCAGACCCGGCGCUCGGAGCCGCCGCUCCCCGGGCAGGGCGGGACCGCCCCCGGUGUCGGCGGGCGGGGCCGGCGUUCCUCGCACAAAGCCGUGAGUGCCGCGGGGACCGCACCGGCACCGGCACCGCCCCGAUGUGAGCGGGGCAUGGCCGCGGGGCAUGGCCCGGGGCGGGCGGCGGCGGGCGCGGAGCGCCGGCGGUGAAGAUGGAGCCGCGUCCGCCUGGGACCGAGCCCCCGCUGCCCCGGGGGCCGGGACCGGGGCCCGAGCUAGAACCGGAGCCGGAGCUGGAACCAGGACCGGAGCCAGAGCUGGACCUAGAACUCGAGCUGGACCUGGAACCGGAGCCGGACCUGGACUUGCAACGGGAAUCGGAGCCGAAGCUGGAAGCAGAACCGGAGCCAGAGCCGGAGCUAGAACCGGAGCCGGAGCUGGAACAGGAGGCAGAUCUGGACCCGCAGCCGGAGCUGGAACAGGAGGCAGAUCUGGGCCCGGAGCUGGAUCUGGACCUCUGGGCACUUGAACCCGCCGCUGCCGGCGCGGGGCCGCCGCCCUGGUGCCCGGGGGAGGCCGGGGGCAGCCCGGGCCCGGAGGGCGCCGCCGAGCCCCCGCCCGAGGAGGAGCCGCGCCUCCGCCCGGUCUUCGACGCCCUGGACCGCGACGGCGAUGGCUUCGUGCGCGUGGAGGAGUUCGUGCAGUUCGCCACGGCCUACGGCGCCGAGCAGGUAAAGGACCUAACAAAAUACCUGGAUCCCAGUGGAUUGGGAGUUAUCAGCUUUGAAGAUUUCCAUCGGGGCAUCAGAGCCAUCAGAAAUGGAGACCCUGACAGCCAGCUGUAUGAUAUGGGAUAUACCCCCGAGGAGGAAGCCCCGGCCUGCCCUGAUGAGUUUGAUGACUUCGUCACGUUUGAGGCAAAUGAGGUGACUGACAGUGCCUACAUGGGCUCGGAGAGCACCUACAGCGAGUGUGAGACCUUCACGGAUGAGGACACCAGCACCCUGGUCCAGCACGAGAUGCACGACGAGGUGGAGACCGACAGCGCCAUCGACUCCGCCGUGCACUCGGAGUUCACAGAUCCCAUCGAGGAGCCGGAGCAUGGGUCCCAUCCCCACGAGCUGGCCCUGGGCUCCGAGCUCAGCCACUCCAUUGUCACCGUCAUCAGCGGGGAGGAGCAUUUCGAGGAUUACGGCGAGGGCAACGAGGCCGACCUGUUCCCAGACCCUUUGUGUAAUGGGGAAAGCAGCUUUGGCAGCUCCUCCUUCCUCUCUCCCAGCACCAAUCCGCUCGCUGCGAAACUGCACAGCAUUCUCGCAGAUGAAGCUUUUGAGUUUUACUGUAGCCAGUGCCACAAACAAAUCAACCGCCUCGAGGAUCUUUCUGCUCGCCUGAAUGAUCUUGAAAUGAAUAGCCCCAAUAAAAGACUUUCCAGCAAGAAGGUGGCAAGGCAGCUGCACCAGACGAGCUCGCUGGCCGUGGGGGUGAUGGAGGAAUCCUACCGGGAGAGCCUGGAGUGUACCGACGAGGACAUCACCGACAAGGUGGUGUUCCUGGAGAAGCGGGUGACGGAGCUGGAGAAGGACACGGCUGCCAACGGGGAGCAGCACAGCCGCCUCCGGCAGGAGAACCUGCAGCUGGUGCACAGGGCAAAUGCACUCGAGGAGCAGCUGAAGGAGCAGGAGCUGAGGGCUGACCAGACCCUGCUGGAGGAGAUCAAGAAGCAGAGGGAGCUGCUCAGCAAAAUGGAGAGGGAGAAGAGCAUUGAGAUUGAGAACCUGCAGGCCAGGCUGCAGCAGCUGGAUGAUGAGAACAGCGAGCUGAGGUCCUGUGUCCCCUGCCUGAGAGCCAGCAUCGAGAGGCUUGAGGAGGAGAAGCAGAAGCUGCUGGAUGAGAUUGAGGACCUCACUGUGCAGCUUACAGAGGAGCAGGAGAAAAAGAGGAAGAUGGGGGACAAGCUGAGUCAGGAGAGGCACCAGUUCCAGAAGGAGAAGGAGUCAACGCAGGAGCUCAUCGAGGACCUCAGGAAGCAGCUGGAGCACCUGCAGCUCUUCAAGCUGGAGGCAGAGCAGCGCAGGGGCCGGAGCAGCAGCAUGGGGCUGCAGGAGUACAACAGCAGGACACGGGAGACAGAGCUGGAGCAGGAGAUCAAGCAGCUCAAGCAGGAUAACAGGAACCUGAAGGAGCAGAACGAUGAGCUGAAUGGGCAGAUCAUCAACCUGAGCAUCCAGGGAGCCAAGAACCUGUUCUCAGCCUCCUUCUCCGAGUCCCUGGCAGCGGAGAUCAGCUCUGUCUCCAGAGAUGAGCUCAUGGAAGCAAUCCAGAAGCAAGAGGAGAUCAACUUCCGCCUGCAGGAUUACAUCGACAGGAUCAUCGUGGCCAUCAUGGAGACCAACCCCUCCAUCCUGGAAGUCAAGUAAUGCAGCCAGGAGGAUUUGGUGCUCUGAGAGGAUGAAGAGGGACUCCAAACGUCUUUGCACUUGAUGAAGGCACAAGGAAGCCUCAGGUCGGGGAGUGACUGAGCCACGGACCAGGGAAAAGGAAAACCAGCAGCCAGGCUUUGCUGUCUGACUCCGUUAUUUUGAAGCCCUCCUGGCUGUGGAGGGGUGAAAGGGAACCUGGAGAAGGAGCUCAGGAAAGGGACACUGCAGGAAGUGCCUGUGGUGCUGGGGACUGUCCCGACAGGCACCGCCCCUCCGAGGGACGCUGCGACCCGCGGGAGAUCGCGAUGGAGAUGGAAGCGACAGCGCUGACUUUGCCCCGCUGCCCUGCCCGGCCCGAGCGUCUGCUGUGCCAAAGUGUCCCUGACACACCCCCGGGCAGAGCUGGCAGCCAGGGCAGCGCCUCCCGGACUCGCACAGGGUUGGGGUUUGGUUUUGGUUUGGGGUUUUGUUGGUUUUUUUAAUUAACUUAAUGCAAAUGGCCUCAUCCAGCUGGCUCAGCCCAUCCUUGCCCCGUGCUCUUGCUGGGGCCGGCUGCGUGCAGAGCCCUCGGUGGCUGCAGGGGCAGCCCGGGGCUCUUGGGGACAGGGCGUGAGCACACUCGGUCACCUGCCUCCUUAUUUAUUUUUGCUGUCUGUGGCUCAGUACUGUCGGCACGUCUCGGCAUCCCGGCUCCACUCCCUCCUCCUCCCUCCUCCUUCUGCCGGGCUCUGCCGCUGAGGUGGCUCCGGGAAGAGCUGUCACUCGUCCCCAGCUGGGGGCAGGCUCUGUAUGGCACCGGGACAAGGCUGCAGCUCCUCAGCCCGCGCUGGAGGCCGGUCCUGGCCGCCUCUCCUCGUCCUGGGUGGGACACGCAGCGCUUUGGGAGCUGCAGCAGAGAGGCCCGAGGUCCCCAGCUCACCUCCCGAAGUCUGGGGACAGUGGCCUGCGCCAUUUCCAUCCGGAGCAGGGCUCUGCAGGUGAUAGCUGCAGCCCUGGAGGGAGAGCCUGCUCCGGCUGCCUUUCCCCCUGUUCCUGGGCUGGCCAGGCGCCGGAGGAGCCCCCUCGUUCCUCAUCCCUGGCACCGGCCGGGGCUGCGAUCUCUGUGCCGAUGGGGAGGGGAGCUGGAGAACACCAGCAGCUCCCUGGGAAACAAAAGCCAUGUUUACAUCAGACAGCUCUGGGCUUGCUGGCACAAGCGGCCGUGGUGCAGCGUGACCCCGGGAGUGGCCGCUGUCCCCCCCUGCUCCUCGGGGCUCCCGGGAGGAGCCAGCCAGCGGAAUCCCAGGGAUCGGCUUCAGCCCGCAGUUCCCCUUCCUGCUCGUCAGGUUUUGGGAAUGCCAGGACGGCCUGGAAGCAGAAGCCACAGCAAUCCCGGGGGGUGCCUGCUCCCCCCGAGCCCCUUCCAGCCCUCGGGGUGGCCCUGUGCAGGGGGACGUGGCCACUGUCACCGCCUCAUCCCAGGGGACAGCAGCUGAGCCACAGCCACGGCGCCUCUGGGGCUGAUCCCCCGGAGCCCCUGCGGGGUCAGGGUGAGCCCCAAACCCCGGGGCAGCUCCUGCACCCCAGCCCUCCCUCCCUGCCCCCCUCCCUGCCCCGAGGCCGCGGGAAGAAGCCACGUAAUGUACAUUUCCAGAGAAGCUUUGGGUGUAAAUCAGUGUAUACUUGGAGAGGGAAAAUUUUUCUAUCUUGUAGAGUAGGUAUUUUUAUAGAAUGAAGGUUGAUCCAUUUUUUUAAUACUUUAAAAGAAGAGAGAAAUGUAUCUGUGUAUACACAAAAGCAUAUAUAUAUAUAUAUAUAUGUAUAAAUAUAUAAAUAUUGGAGAUCUGCCUUUCUCGACUUGGGAUCCCAGAUCCCCAGGUCUCAAACAAUCGUUUGUUUUUUCCUGUCGCUCUCACAGAGGUACUGUAACUGUAAAUAAGCACCGGGGAAAAAAAAAAAAAGUUUUAAGCAAACAAAAAGCACUGACUUGCACAUUCACCAUGCUUUAAAGCCCCUAUGGAGAGAGAAAAACAAAAACAAGACAAAAACUGUACAUCCUGAAAAUGUCCCUCUUUCCCAACCAGUAUGUGAAGGAAGUCCCCCAAAGAAGAGGCAAAAACGGUAUUGUCUUAACUGAUGUAUCAAUUCUUGUCGGAUUAAAAGCUGUUACUAUUCCUGC